AUGGCGGACCAACGUCGGAGAUCCGGCGGCGGCGGGGAGGAGGACUGGCCGGCGAGGGUCGACGUCGACGGGGGCGAGCUUGAGGCCGCGGCGGCAGCGGGGGGGUCGGUGCUGUCCGGCGAGUACCAGGCUCAGGAGAUGUCCACCAUGGUGUCGGCGCUGAGCUGGGUCGUCGCCGGCCACGACGACCGUGGCAGGCAGCCAGCCCUUUCGUCGUCGUCCGGCGGCGGCGACGGCGGCGGCGGCGGCGGCGGUGGUGGACAGUGGGUUGGUCGUGUCGGCGUGCCGGCGACGACGGGCGGCGGUGGCUACGCGCAUGGUGCUCAGGGGAGCUAUUGUUACUACGGCGCCGCGCCGACACCGGAGUUCGCCGCUGGAGGGCAAGAGCGGAUCAGCUUCAGCUCAGACGCGCAGCAGGGCGCCAUGGACGAGCACUCUCCCACGUACACCGAGGCGGCGUCGUCGGCCGCCGAGCAGCAGGGCGGCGGCCGGCGGUACCGCGGCGUGCGGCAGAGGCCGUGGGGCAAGUGGGCGGCGGAGAUCCGCGACCCGCACAAGGCCGCCCGCGUCUGGCUCGGCACCUUCGAGACCGCCGAGGCCGCGGCGCGCGCCUACGACGAGGCCGCACUGCGCUUCCGCGGAAGCCGCGCCAAGCUCAACUUCCCCGAGGACGCGCGCCUCAGCGGCGGCCCGCCCGGCGGCGCCACCGCAGCGGCGGCGCCGCCGCCGCCUCAGGUGCCCGCCGCGUCUCCGGCGGUACUCUACCCGGCCAGCGCGGUCUCGGACUACUUGCAGUACCAGAUGCUCCUGCACGGAUCAGGAGGUGGCGGCGCCGCCGGCGGUUACCCUCUCUACUACGGCGCCCGCGCCGGACCCUAUUCCUCCUUCCCCACCUCCUCGGUCACCGUCGCAUCCGUGCCGUCGUCUUCUGCUGCUUCUUCGUCUAGUUCGGGUUACGGCGCCGCCGCGGCGGCGGAGCACGGUGAGGCGCCGGCGGUGCAGUGGACCUGGCAGGACGGUACUGGGUGGACCUAUCCGGCGACGACGAGUUCUUGGUCCGGUUCGAGCCAGUAUCCACCUCCACCUCGCCCUCCUCAGCAGUAG